AUGGAGCCAGUUCUGAAACACAUGGAUUUACAUGCCCACUGGAAACCACCGCCAAUUUUCGCGAUUCAUGUUUUCAAAGCGAUCAUCUACAGUAUACAGAGUCAAAAUAGCUAUUUUGUCAUACAGGAAUUGAUUAAUCAUCUUGAUUCGAUGAGCAGUGCUGAUGCUGUGAUUCGAAUUGGAAUCGCUACCGUGCUUUCAAAUAUAGUAUCGAUCGCUGGAACGAGUAUAGGUAGGGAACGGGUCCGCUGCUGUUAUCGAUUCUUCGACUCGCUUCUCAAGCAUUUGCGAACGUCUGUCGAUUUUGAAAGAUCCGAGAAGUGCAAGGAUUCUGAAGCUGAAAAGAUGAUCAAUGCUAUGGGUGACUUCGCAAAUGCUUUACCAGACUAUCAAAAGGUUCGUAGGUUAUUUCUGGUUUACGGUCAGUGCCUUAUGCUUUUGUCUACUGAAGCAGUGGGAAACAUACCAAAUUUGGAUGAAAAGCAAGUCAAACAAGGUGAUGAAUUCUUGCAGCACGUUUUAGUGAAGACGUCUGUUGAA